UUCGAGUUAAUUUUUCUCCAACUGGCGUAUGCUUGUGAGACUGCAGCUCAGACCUAUUAUUAGUAGGACACUGGCUACAUCAGUCGCAGCAGUGAAGCGGAGUCUAACGCCUGAGAUGCCUUCUCAUAAACGACCUGCAUCUUCCCCCACUCAACACCCCCGUCAGCACAAGAAGCGGUCUACACCCUCCUCUGGGACACUCAUGACUGAGGAGCGUGUCCUCUCACUGUACCCCACAGUUGGUGUUGCCUCGAAGCAUCUCGACUCGCCUAAGAAUGCCGUCUCCACAUAUUGUGCCAGGAAGAACCUAAAUAAGCCAACAAUCUCGAGCUCGUCAUAUGGAUCCUACAAUGGAAAAAUUCAUUUCAAAACAACUCUGACUCUCGCAGACCCCCCCGCUUCCAUCACAGGCGUGGGAGAAGGUACCACCAGAAGCAAUGCAGAAAAGACAGCAUACUUGUCUAUUGUAUUGCAGUUGGCCCAGUCCGGUCUUCUUGACCAAGUAUUGGCCAGCGGGUACGCUCCACAACCAGAGACUGUGUUGCGAGAUGGGACGGCACUCGAUUUACAACGCGCAAAGGCCUUCGUGGAAUUCUACUGUGCGAAAUAUGAUCUUCCACCUCCUGAGCUUGUGCCCAGUGAUUUGCGAGGGACGUGGGUAGUGAACUUAUCGAUUCAGGAUCGCAGGCUUGGUGUCGGAAAAGGCCAUUCCAAGAAACUUGCGAUCUCUAGCUCCUAUCUAGACGCUGUCAAGUACCUUGACAACUGUGAUCUCAAUCUAUGGCCUUCAUUCCUUCUUGAUUCUAAGAAGCAGGACAAGAAGAAAGAGAUUACUGCUCAACUUGCUCCGCCCCAUUGGAUCAAUGGCAGCGGCAGGCUCGGAGCGAAGCUGAAGGGGUUAAAUCAUGGAUUAUCGCGAACUCAACUUUACUCCAAUCGUCCAAAACCAAUUCAUGAUGACUCAUUGUCAGCCGACACAGGGUCGCCAUCACAUUCGAGUUCAGAUUCCGAGUCAGCCUCAGCUGUUUCCCUACCAACAGGUGCACGAUACCGCGCCCCUAAUCAAACCUUCCUCCAGAAUAAGUCUCAGCGGAUGAAAGACACUUUGGAAUCUUACAUGUCUGACCCGGUCCAUGCUGACAUGCGCAAGCAACGACACGCAUUGCCGGUGUUUACUCGCUCAUCUGAACUUAUCGAUCUUCUUGAAUCUCAAGAUGUCACAGUUUGCAUGGCGGCAACCGGCUCUGGCAAGACGACCCAAAUCCCUCAGAUUAUUCUUGAUUCUUACAUCGCGAAAGGCGAAGGGAGCGAAUGUAACGUCGUGUGUACCCAGCCUCGUCGUAUUGCGGCCAUUAGUGUCGCAGAGCGAGUAGCAAAAGAGCGAGGUCAAGUUACUGGGGACCAGAUCGGGUACCAAGUUCGUUUUGACUCCAAAUUGCCCAUGAACCAUGGAUCAAUCACAUUCUGCACAACUGGCAUAUUCCUAAAGCGUAUGCAAUCCGCGCUGUAUGACUCGCCAUCUUCGGGAAAUGGCAGAAGCAUGGAUGACGUCACACACCUCAUCGUCGACGAGGUGCACGAGCGAGAUGUCGACACGGACUUAACUCUCAUGGUGCUCAAGCGGCUACUUCAAGAUCGAAAAGCACGGGGAAAACCCUUGAAGCUCAUCUUGAUGAGUGCUACCAUCGACCCAUCCUUGUUCCAGAGCUACUUUGAAGAUGUGAACGAGAAACCAGUGCAGGUUAUUGACGUUCCUGGGCGAUCCUUUCCUGUUGAGAGACACCAUCUAGAAGAUGUCCUUGCUCAAUUAUCGGGAGAACAUGUCGGACGCCUAUCGCCGUGGUUGUUCGAGGAGCGCAAUGUCGUGCAUUACCUUGGGAACGAAGUUGGCCCUUCUGCUAUUGGCGCACUGCGCAGCCGGGGAUCCAAUAAUAUUCGCGCUGUUGAACCGUCGGCCACUCGUGAUGCAGGGGAGAAUCUGGAUGUGCCAUCUGGUUUGGUUGCUUUGGUCGUUGCGCACGUUUUGCGGGGAUCCGAAUCUGGGCACGUUUUGGUGUUCUUGCCAGGCUGGGAGGAGAUAACUGCUGUACAGCGCAUACUCCUGGAUCCACAACGCUUCCCCCUUCUGGGGAUGAAUUUAAGCGACACAAGAAAGUACAAGAUCCAUCUACUGCAUUCCAGCAUUCCUGUAGCUGAGCAGCAAGCCGUAUUCGAGCCAGCCCCUCAUGGAGUCCGCCGAAUCAUCCUUGCAACCAACGUUGCCGAAACUUCUGUUACUAUUCCCGAUGUUGUUUAUGUGGUUGAUACUGGGAAAGUCAAGGAGAAGCGUUACGACCCUGAGCGGCAUAUGUCAUCUCUGGUUUCUGCUUGGGUAGGGACUUCCAACCUCAAUCAGCGCGCUGGACGAGCAGGACGUCACCGUCCCGGCCAGUAUUAUAGCUUAGUCUCGAAAACGCGCCUAGCGACGCUGGAACCCUAUCAAACCGUCGAAAUGAAGCGUGUGGACCUCAGCGAUGUUGUCAUGCACGUUAAGGCGCUUGAUUUCCCUGGCAUGCAAGUUGAGGAGAUAUUUGCAUCCUUGAUUGAGCCCCCAUCGCCGGAGCGUGUCCAAGCUGCGCUUGAGACUCUUCGAUUAGUAGGAGCACUGGACCAAAAUGAGCAUCUGACAUCAUUGGGACGUGUCCUCCUGCAGUUGCCAAUUGAAGCCGCUCUGGGUCGCCUUGUUCUUUAUGGUUGUUUGUUCAAAUGUUUAGGUCCCACACUUACACUUGCCUCUCUCAUGGCAAAUCGUGAUCCGUUCCUUUCUCCGGUCAAUCUCAGGACCGAAGCGUUUUCCAUGAAGAAGUCAUGGUCGCCAAAAGCCUUCCUGUCCGAUUCUCUUGCUGCUUUGCAAGCCUAUACAGUGUGGUGGGAGAAGCAAAGUCGUGGCAACUUCAUCGAAGCAAACCAAUUUUGUAGCGAGAACUUUCUGUCCAAACCGACUCUGCUAAUGAUCGAGAAAGUACGGACAUCAUUGCUUCAAUCUUUGUUGGACGCGGGUGUCGUUGAUGCCUCAGCUGGUGGCCGGGCUUCAUCCGCUUUUGCGAAGUCUCAGUUCGUGGCUACGUCAAAGUGGAAGCGGAAAAUCACGAGCGAGUCAGAAAUUCUUCCCGAGUUGAACGUCAAUAGCGAUUCGCUUCCUAUAUUAGCUGCUCUCAUCGCUCUCGCCAGUCAACCGAACUUCGCUGCUCGGACGAGCGAGCGUGUUUAUCGCACUUCGAAAGACAAGGCUACUCUCAUACAUCCCAGCAGCGUAAACGGAAUAAAGAAAGAACGGCAGUCUGCAGCGAAGCGUGAGCCUUACGAAAAACAUAUCAUCACAUUCACCGAAAAAGUCCGCAACGUCUCUGUCGCUUCGACCGCCACGAAUGCAACAAUUUUCCUUCGUGACACUACUAGACUUGACGUCGUCACGUACGUUCUCUUUGGUGCACACCAAGUCCUUUCCGCCGACCCAGGAUUAAUAUGUGAUAAUUGGCUUCCUGUCCAAGGCAACCAAAAUAUCCUGGAACCGGUAAAAGAACUCAAAACAUAUCUUGAGGCGUGUAUGCUUCGCGUGUUUGAAGGGAUUAGUGCAGCGAAUUCGCAACGAAGUCGGGAGCGCCUCAUUCAAUCGGCGUUUAAGUUUGCUCAAAACGAUGAUGUUAGCGACAGUGAUGAUGACGACCAAGAUGAUGAAGCCACGCCAUUGAGCCAGGAGGAAAUUGACGAGAUCGAUUCCCUGACUGAUGAUGUCGUGGAGAUCCUCGAAAUGUUCAGCGAAGAACGUAUCGCAUCUCAAUCGCGAAUGACAUCGAGACCCUCUACACCAGUUUCGCUCAAGGCAUCUCCUGGGGCAUCGCCCGCCUUAGGCACGCUGCCUCUCUCCGAUGCUGAGACCGGAUCGUCAUUCUCACAAGGAAUCCGGAAGACGCUGGCUAACCGUUCUGGAGCACGUACGCCCCAUCCAUCUCGGCCUCACACUCCGUUACAUAAAUCAUACACCGGCCGUUAACACUCUAAGAUGCGCCUCUGUCAUCUUCGUUCUUUGCAUCAUUUGCGUCAGUAGAGCUGCAACACUAUCUUACCGUCAUACUUAUUGUAGUAACUUCCAACCCCUAAUAUGAGAACCAAUUUCCAUCUUCCCCUUCGGAACGGAGCGGAGAGCGGACAUUGACCUCCCAUCUCAGGCUGAGACACGUUGCCAGUUUUGUUAGUUAGGAGGGCAAUUUAGCACGACGUUCCAUUUCUUCCAUUUUCCCCCAAUGAGCAUUGCAAACCGCCAUCAGUUGUUCGGGGGUGUUGUUGGAAGCGGUGAUUUGCAAGCCGUAUCACCCGUGGCAUACACGCCCAUCUCAUACGCAACUUUACCCACAUCCUGGCUUUGUGAAAUGUGACUGGAAGGCUCAGCGUGUAUUUAGCUCCUUCGAUGGUACGCUGAGAUGCAUUCCAAACACAGAUG